GUGGCAGAGGGAGGGCUGAGCUGCGAGUGUUGUUGUCUGUCGCUGCUGGGGGACAGAGAGCUGCCAAGGUCGGUGAAAGUACAGCCGAGACCACCGUCACAUCCUACAAAGUACGAACCCGAGACACACACAGAGACGAAGAGAAAGUGGAUGAUAUAGACAGCAACCCGAGCUCCUCCACCAGAGAAGGUUUGCUGGAAUGGGUAACCUGCUAAAAGUCCUAACAAGGGAUAUAGAGAACUAUCCACACUUUUUCCUGGACUUUGAAAAUGCACAGCCGACAGAAGGAGAGCGUGAUGUGUGGAACCAGGUGAACGCCGUCCUCCAGGACUCUGAGAACAUCCUGUGUGGCCUGCAGGCGUACAAAGGAGCCGGCCAGGAGAUCAGAGAUGCGAUCCAAAACCCAAAUGACUUCAUGCUGCAGGAGCGAGCCUGGAACUCAGUCUGCCCGCUGGUAAUCAGACUCAAGAGGUUCUACAGUUUCUCUCUCAGACUAGAGGAGGCUCUGCAGAGUUUGCUGGAGAGCCUGACAUGUCCGCCCUUCACGCCUACUCAGCACCUGGAGAGGGAGCAGGCGCUGGCCAAGCAGUUUGCUGAGAUCCUCCACUUCACUCUGCGCUUCGAUGAGCUCAAGAUGAGAAUUCCUGCCAUCCAGAAUGACUUCAGCUACUACAGAAGAACCAUCAGUCGGAACCGGAUAAACAACAUGAAUUUGGACAUUGAGAGUGAAGUCAACAACGAGAUGGCCAACAGGAUGUCUCUGUUCUACGCAGAGGCCACACCCAUGCUGAAGACACUCAGCAACGCCACCACAAACUUUGUGACAGAGAACAAGACUCUUCCACUGGAGAACACAACAGACUGUCUCAGCACCAUGGCCAGCGUCUGUAAAGUCAUGCUGGAGACGCCGGAAUAUACUAGUCGUUUCAGCAGCGAGGACACGCUCUUGUUUUGCAUGAGGGUCAUGGUGGGAGUCAUCAUUCUUUAUGACCACGUCCACCCCAACGGCGCCUUCAACAAGUCCUCCAAGAUAGACAUGAAAGGCUGCAUAAAGGUCCUGAAGGACCAGCCAGCAGACAACGUAGAAGGCCUCCUGAAUGCCCUCAAAUUCACCACCAAACACCUGAACCACGAGUCCACUCCCAAGAACAUCCGGACGAUGCUCCAGUAGUCUCUGCUCUUUUUUCUUUUUUUUUUAUAUAUAUAAACCGACAUGAAGAGGAUCAAUGCUCUGACCUCAAAGAAGAUGUAUAUGUUUACAUUAUUUAAAGAGACUCGAUGUUAAUACUCGUGUGUAUUUGCAUAGUCAUUCCCUCCAAGCCAUUAAAGCUGCAGAACAUAUACCUUCUACUUUGCUAAAACAGUAUGAAACCAUCACAUGAAUUGCCUCUACUGUUCACAGCUGUCCAAGCAGCGAUGGAUACCUGUCAGCCUUAUGUACCUGAGCUUCACAAGCUGCACUUGGGGGAAAAAAAAACGUUCUUCAUGGAAUCUUCUCAAUCUUUUAUUUGACAAUGGAAUUCGCUGAGAUAAAUCUUUUUUUGAAAGAGUGUACAUUUUAAAUUGUGACAAAGGUUCUCGUUCAUAUCACAAAGACAGAUUCUGUAUCCAUGUGUUAAAUGAGUGAAGUUGCUUCUGUCUUGAUCUCCACAGAAUGAAUAUGAAACCAAUCUGUGUUCUGAUGGAGGUGUGUGCUGCAGUGAGGGCUGAUUAUUGAGAGCAGAUAAGGGAUCGAUUGGUUUGAUGUACGUACUGCUAAGAGCAUUCGGGUUGUUUUCUGUUUUUAUAGUCAGCUGUUGUGUUUGUCUUUUUUUUUUCACACUCCAAACUCGUGCAUCUGUUGAAAUAAAUCCACUGUGAACAUAAAAAAAAAAAACUACUUUGCAAA